AACUGAUUAUCAGCUGAUUAUCAUCUGAUGUUUUUCAGUAGGGUUCUGUAUUUGUUUUAAAUAAUGGCAAGCAUAUUCGUUUAUGACUUUGCAAAUUAAUUUUUUCCCGAUUGUAGAAAUGCGUCGCAUGGGUUUAGAUGCUGAAUGUGAAAGUUACGGUGUAAUCACCCAUAUAUUAUUUUAUAUAUAUUAUUAUUAAAACAAAAUUACUAUACUAUUAACAUUUUUUAUGCAGACUGCAAAAGAAAUACAGAAAAAAAGGAAUGAAGUUAUAUCAGCAAGAGCUAGUAUUGUAUUGAAAAACUUAGGUGAAAAUUACAACUGUCCUAUGUUUAUUGAUGUGCCAAAUGAUAAUAAGGAUAAUAAGGAUUCCCAACGUUGUGCUUGAAAAAAUAGAUUUAUCGAAAUACAGUCAAAUUUCUUUGCAAGAAACAUCGUCACAAGGAUCUCAGUCACGUCAUAGAUCACUGUCGCAUCGUCAAUCACAGUCACGGCAUAGGUCAAGGUUAAGUCAAAGAUCACUGUCGGGUCAAAAGUCUAAGUCACGUCACAGGUCACAAUCGCGUGGUAGGUCAAAGUCACGUCGUCGGUCACGGUCACGUCAAAAAUCUAUCUCACGUCGUCGAUCACUGUCGCGUCAAAAGUCUAAGUCACGUCACAGGUCACAAUCGCGUGGUAGGUCAAUGUCACGUCGUCGAUCACUGUCGCGUGAAAAGUCUAGGUCACGUCACAGGUCACAAUCACGUAGUAGGUCAACGUCACAUUGUCGGUCACAAUCCCGUCAUAAGUCACAAUUACGUAGUAAGUUUCCGUCACAUCGUAGAUCGGAGUUGCAUAAUACUUCACUAUUUCGUAAUCAUUCACUAUUACAUAAUACGUCGCUGCAACUCCAUGCAUUGCAGUCAUCUACAGGAUCUGAGCCAGGAAAAGAAAUAUCAACGGUGCAACCAACAUUACAAACAGUAGAAACUAAUAACACUGAAGAAUUAUCACCUUUAAAUGAACAGUCGCCUAAACAUGCCUCAAAAGAGCCACCUCCACGCAAUAACGAAGAUAUAGCAGACACUAUUAACAGUGAAGAAUGGUCACCUUACAAUGAACAUUUGCUUGAAGAUUUCUCAGUAGCGCCACCUCCACGCGAUAAGUCUCCGUCACGUGUUAGGUCACUGUCACGUCAAAAGUCUAAGUCACUUAGUAGGUCAAAAUCGCGUAGAUCAAAAUCGCGUACCAAGUCAAAAUCGCGUACUAAGUCAAAAUCGCGUAGUAGGUCAAAGUCACGUCGUCGGUCUCAGUCACGGCGUAGGUCACGGUCACAUCGACGGUCUCAGUCACGGCGUAGGUCACGGUCACGUCAAAAAUCUAGGUCACGUCGUAGGUCAUUGUCGCGUCAAAAGUCUAGAUCACAGCACAGGUCACAAUCGCGUCAUAGGUCAAGGUCACGUCGUCGGUCUCAGUCACGGCGUAGAUCACGUGCUAGUCACAGAUCACAGUCCAGUUUGGUACUACGAGAAAUACAAGAAAAUCUGCAAAACGAGCUUCCUAAAAAUCGCCAACAUUUAAAAAUGCACGAGUUCAUACGAAACUGUAUUACGUAUUAUGAAGCAAAAGAUGGAGAUGGAUAUAAUGAAAGACGACGAAGAUAUGAUAAAUUGGAUAACUAUUUAUCUUGGAGAAGGAAUAGUGAUCCGAACUUUGACUUGGGAAGUAUUACAAUUACAGAAGCCAAGCGUAUUUUUAAUAAACUUAGCCUUAAAUAUAUGGGAAGAAAAGGACCUGUGUAACAGAGCAUUAGAUAUUUCAAAAGUUGUAUCAAACAUCCCAUCACGUUCACCUGUAAAACUUAUCCAACAACAUCUGCUACGCUUACUAAUCAGCUUGUAUGCAGAUUUUUUAAUACGGCAGUCAUGUACAUCUCACGAUAGAGUAGCGUAUUUAUUAAACGCAACUUACGUUCUUAGACAUAAGAUAAGAAACUUACGUGCUGAAGAAAAGAAAAGAAGAAACACAGAAAAUCCUGUAGUUCCUAGUCGUAGAAAACUGCGUUACAAUCAGAUUUAGUUCACUGCUGCAUCCUUUGUUUUUUUUUAAAUGUUAAUUUUUAGAAAAAAAAAGAAUUACUUUUUUACAAUCAAAAAUUUAAAUACAAACUUAUUUUGUUUUGCUUCAUUAUAAGGAACAAUACAUUUUCUAGAU